GUCUUUAACAGCUCAACUACCUUGGACGACCACCCAUCCCAAUUGAGCCGACCCGCGCAUCGAGCAGCUGGGGACUUGUCUGCUUUGGCCUUCGCCUUCUUUAUCGACUUCCCAACUAGUUUGCGAGCCCGCGACACGCAGUUUGCCAACAUGAGCUUCGUCACACGCCGGGCGCUUUCCACGCUCAUCCCGCCCAAGGUCGCUUCCCCAAAGGCCAUUGGUGCGGCCCCCGACGCUGUCCGCAUGCAGCGCGUUGUCAACUUCUACGAGAAGCUCCCUCGCGGCGCCGCUCCCGCUGUCAAGGCUACUGGCAUUCUCGGCAAGUACCAGGCCAAGCACUUUGGCAAGAACGCGUCGGCGAAGCCUAUCAUCCACGCCAUUGUGUUCCUGCUUGUCAUUGGCUACGCUCAGAACUACUACUUCCAUCUCCGCCACCACAAGAACAAUGCCCACUAAGCGGCAAGCUGGAGGGCGUUUUGCCUUGGCGAGGACUCGGGCGUGUACAUAAACUGUUUCCCAAUAGAAGGGGUGCCUAGCACGCACUGCAACAGAGUUCUUUUUGUCUCUCUUUUCAAUGGGAGUAUUGCGGUUACAAUGAACGCGGCGACAACUUGCCGUGACUUGAGCAUUGGGAUGGGAGCACCAAGACACGCACUGAUCGCCUACAGCCCUUUGGGUAUUGGCUGGUGACCUCAUUGUCCGGAGGAUAUUAUUUUCCGUGAUGGGAAAUGCGAUGGGACAUGUCGACAUAUCGCCUACAGCCCUUUGGGUAUUGGCUGGUGACCUC